AUGGCCGACUCCUUUGAGCUCAUCGUAACGCGAAAAGAGCCCGUUCUCGUCUCUCCAGCCUCCGAAACUCCAAAGGGUCUCCAUUACCUCUCAAAUCUUGAUCAAAACAUAGCUAUCAUCGUCAAAACAUUCUACUACUUCAAAUCAAACUCAAGAUCCAUCGAGGACUCCGCUGAAGUCAUCAAGAAGUCCCUCUCCGAGGUUCUUGUUCACUACUAUCCUGCCGCCGGGAGACUCACGAUCAGUCCCGAAGGAAAGAUCGCCGUGAACUGCACCGGUGAAGGAGUCGUGGUGGUCGAAGCCGAGGCUAAUUGUGGGAUUGAGAAGAUCGAGAAGGCUAUAUCGGAGAUUGAUCAACCGGAGACUCUUGAAAAGCUGGUUUACAACGUUCCCGGUGCUCGGAAUAUUCUUGAGAUUCCGCCGGUGGUUGUUCAGGUGACAAAUUUCAAGUGUGGAGGAUUCGUACUAGGCCUUGGCAUGAACCACAAUAUGUUCGAUGGUAUAGCAGCCAUGGAGUUUCUCAACUCUUGGGCCGAGACGGCCCGUGGCCUUCCUCUCUCCCUUCCACCUUUCUUAGACCGCAAGCUUCUCCAACCUCGGACCCCACCAAAGAUCGAUUUCCCACACAACGAGUUCGAAGAGAUUGAUGACAUCUCCGGCACUGGAAAACUCUAUGCCGACGAGAAACUCGUCUACAAGUCCUUCAUGUUCGGACCCGAGAAGCUCGAGAAGCUCAAAACCAUGUCAGAGACAAGAUCCACUACGUUUCAAACCCUAACAGGUUUUCUAUGGAGAGCUCGUUGUCAAGCCCUAGGGCUUAAACCAGAUCAACGGAUAAAACUUCUCUUUGCUGCAGAUGGACGGCCAAGAUUCGUUCCGGAGCUUCCGAAAGGAUAUUCCGGUAACGGGAUUGUGUUCACUUAUUCCGUUACUACGGCAGGUGAAGUAACUCUAAACCCUCUUUCUCAUUCGGUGGGUUUGGUCAAAACAGCCGUUGAAAUGGUCAACGACGGUUUCAUGAGGUCAGCGAUAGAUUACUUUGAGGUGACUCGGGCAAGGCCGAGCCUGACGGCGACGCUUCUGAUCACGUCGUGGGCGAAACUGUCGUUUCACACUAAAGAUUUCGGUUGGGGUGAACCGGUUGUUUCUGGACCGGUCGGGCUACCUGAGAAGGAAGUCAUUCUGUUCUUGCCAUGUGGCAGUGACACGAGGAGUGUCAAUGUGUUGCUUGGCCUUCCCGGUUCAGCGAUGAAGGUGUUCGAAAAGCUUAUGGAUAUAUGA